AUGAAGCGCAGACGGACGGUGAACUUAUCCUAUCGAAAAACCUUCAGAUCGUGAAAAUAAGAAUAAUUCAAGAUCAUCAAGACCGGAUACAUUGGUGGGGACCAGAUACUUAAGUAUAUAUAAAUAAUAUAUUUAUUGAUUUGAAAGCGCUAGUUUUUAAAAAUCUCUGAAAAAAUCGUGCUGUUAGUGUGUUAGUUUUUGGUUGUUCCGAGAUGUUAAUGAAAAUUUUGGUUUGUGCUGUGGUUAUUGGGGAAGUGUGCUCUCUUCCACUAUCUGAUGCAUCUUCCGAUGAAAUACACUCGCGACAGGCUCGUCACCUUUUGAAGAAGCAUAAAGGACUUCUCGGAGGCAUCUUACUAGGCGGGCAUGGGUAUGACGGUGGCAAUGGAGGAGGGUAUGGUGGAGGAUAUGGGGGAGGUUACGGUGGAGGAUAUGGUGGAGGAUAUGGAGGAGGUCAUGGAGGAGGCUACGCUCCCCCACCACCACCUCCCCCACCAGUACACCACUAUGGAGGCGGAUUCGGUGGUGGUGGCGCUCAAGCACAAGCGCAAGCACAAGCUCAAGCUCAAGCUGGUGGAGGUGGCUAUGGUGGUUCCGGAGCGCAGGCGCAAUCACAGGCUCAGUCGCAAUCAGCCUCUUUUGGUUUUGGACCAUUUUCAGCCACAAUAUCUCAGUCACAGGCACAAGCUAGUGCCAAUGCAGGUGGGAGAGGCGGAAAUGCUUUAUAUUAUUAAACUAUAAAGCUCGCCCCAAACAUCAAAGAGAAGCAGUGCUUUACUGAGGGAUGAUAUUUUUUAUGAAGAAGUAUGGUGAUAUUUUUGUACUGUAAUUUUUAAUUUUUUUCAAAUAAUUUAUUUUUAAAUAUAACGUUAAAACAGUAA